CUGAAGUCCCAGGCUCCGGGCAGCGCGGAGGAGCUGCGGUGUCUGCAGGCGCUCAAUCAGCAGCCCGAGGGCUCCAGCCUGGAGAAGCUGAGCAGCAGCCAGGGCUGCCUCAAGCUGGCCAGCACCAUCAAAGCCUAUGUGGCCACGGUGACCGAGAACAUCAUCCGCAGGAACGCUGUGAAGGAGGCCUGGCAGAACUACUUCAACACCUCAGAGGGGCAACUUCCUCCCAAAACAGCUGGGAAACCCUCAGCACAUCUCACCCUCCGCCCACAGAGCCUGGCUCAGGAUGGACGCUCCCAGCGCUCCGGGAACCUGUCCCAGUCGUGCCGCCACGCCAUCACGCACUGGGGGCACGGCAGCCUGGUGUCCCACGUGCAGAACAUGACGUACCGGGCGGGGCGGCUGCGCGUGGAGCAGCCGGGCAAGUACUACGUGUACGCGCAGAUUUACUUCCGCUACCGCGGCGCCGGCCGCGACUCGGGCCCGCAGCUGGUGCAGUGCAUCCAGUGGCAGCCGGCCCACAGCCCGCCCGUGCUGCUGCUCAAGGGCGUGGGCACCAAGUGCUGGGCACCCGAGGCUGACUACGGGCUCCACGCGCUCUACCAGGGGGGACUCUUCGAGCUCAAGGCCGGUGACGAGCUCUUUGUCUCAGUCUCCUCCCUGGCCAUCGACUCCAGUGACACAGCCGCCAGUUACUUCGGGGCCUUCCGGCUCGACCUGUGACACCCCCUCCGCUCCCACCUGCCCCUGGACAGCGGCCAAUGGCCUGGGAUGGCACAGGGUUCUUAUGGCUGCGUUGUCCCUUGUGGUGAGGGAUGAGCCAAGAAGGACACAGGGGUGGUGCCUGCAGGACCCUGCUGUGCUCUGUGCCACCCUCCAGCGUCAGCCAGGAAGGGUCUCCAAGGGCCUACAGGGAACAUGCACAAGGAGGGACCUCCUAGCCCUGGCGGCACAGCACCUACCAACAGCUCCCUGCAGCAGGAAAGGCACCAGGGCCACAUCUGCCACCGCAAGACAAAGUGUCCCCAUGGCAGGGUGACACCCAUGAGUCUGAUGCUACCUUGGGCAGGGCUGUGGGUGCCAGGACCUGGGGCUGGAAGCACCCCAGGACACAGGGCUGGCACCCCUGGGGCACACCUUGUGGGGAUGGGGCAGGUCCCGUGUCGGCCUCUGGAAGGGAGUGAAGGAGUUUCAGUUUGGGAGAGGAAAGCCUGGGGCAGCAGCAGCGAUGGGUGCAGGGAGGGCAAAGGGCAGGACCGUGACACCGCAGCAGUCCCCAGCCCUGGCACCACACCUGGCACGUGGCACUGGGGCACGUGGUGCCCGAGCCAGGCUGCAGAGGACCAGGAGCUCAGCACGGCUGCUGACCAAGCACCUCUUCCCGUGUGGAUUUUGUCCUCUCCAGCCCUCAUGGACAGCGCAGUCCCCACUUCCUCACACCUCCAGCCCUGGCAAUCCCUGCAGGAUUCCAGCUCUGGGUGAGCCCAGUGGUCACAGCAAGACCUUGGAGGGACCAAACCAGCCCUGGGGUGAUGGACGCCAGCCCAGAGGCCAAAGGUGGGUUCAGGCAGGGCAGAGCAGGGCCCAGCUGGCUCAGCCCAUGGACACUGGGUGGGCACAGCCCCUUCCUCCAACUCCUCCUGUACUCUCUGUAUCCUACUAAAACUGGGGGCAUUUACACAGUGGCAGUGUGGGCUGCCACGGGCACGGGGCUCCCAGGGACGAUGGAAUAAAGCCUUGUACCCCAGCACAGCUCUGGCCCCUUUGCACCCAGGACACAGCCGGGACAGGGUGGACCCAGAGCCAGGUGGAGCAGGGCUGGGGCGCUGCCAGAGCUCCAGACAGAGCCCAGCAGAGUCUCCUGCUCAUCCUGCACCCACAGCACCCCCAGGGCCUCUGCAGCCCCCACGGACACCCGAGGCAGUCCCACAGGGAUGUGUUCCUGCUUCUCAACCCAGAGCCUUCAUUCCCGCAGGGCUCUGCUCCUGCAGAGACCCCAAGAAAUCUGAGCCCAUCCCGGCUCCUCCCCUGCACCCAUCAGCUCCCAGGGGUCCCAGUGCUCCUCCUCUUUGAGUCUGGGGUUGCCGAGCCCAUUGCAGGACGCAGCCCGGCCCCGGGGAGCUUCCCAGGCCUGACUCCCGGCCCUCCACGUCCUUGGCCGGGGCUGGGGCUGAGCCAGGCAGUUCCCACAUCCCCCUCCCCAGCUGCUGGGCAUUCCCACUCUCCAGCCCCCAUCUCCUGCAGGCUCCUGCCCCAGGGGGUUGGUACAGCCCCCACAGCACGGUGCCACCCUGGCACCUGCACUCAAGCACCUGGACCGGCCCCAGUGCAAGGGAAGAUUCCCCAGCCCAUCCAGAACCUCCAAAAGCUCAUCCAAAGCCAGAGAGCACCAAGAGCAGCCUCGUGCAGCCUCCAAAGGGGUGACAGGGCUGAUCCCCCCUUGGCAGAGCCCCAUCUUCCCCGUCCCCUUGAAAGGAUGGAGGGAGCUGAACCGAGCCUUGGCUCUGCAGCACUUGGCCCUGGAGCACACUGGGCUCUUGCCCAAAGCAAAAAAAGUGCUCCAAACCCCUCCAUUCUAAAACCAUCCCCUCUCCUCCAGCUCUCAUCCCCCCCUCCUGCUGUCCCAGCCACCUCGGUGACCCUCAGCAGGCCUCCUGACACCCUGAGGUCUCAAACACCCCCGGGAGCACCGAGCUUAUCCUGCCUCUGGCAGCAGCCAUGGGAGAGCAAAGCUGAAGCAGGGACUACAGGAAAUGCAGCAGGUGGUUCCAAGAUUUCCUUUGAAAGGGAGUUUAACAGGGCCCAAGGGAGCCAGCAGAGGCUGUGUUUGCUGUGGAGGAAGCAGGGAAAGCAGUGAGUGGGGAGAGCUGGGCUCCGUGCCAGCAGGCAGUGGCCCACCCCGCUUUCCUGGAAAGGAGAGCGCUCUGGGUGGGUGGAUGGGACAAGGAGAUCUCCAGCAGCAUCAGGGCAAAGAGCAGCCUCACCCUGCCUGGGGAGAGCCCAGCUGGAAUUCCUCACUGUGAGGAGCUGGCACAGGUUACCCCAAGAGCCUCAGUCCCUGUGGCCCCUCUGCCUCCCCCACUGCCCUCCCUGGUGCUUCCAGGACUGGACACCCCCAGCCUGGCCAGGCCGGGCUCCCUCCUGGACAAGGGGAUCAGCACCAGCAGGACAACCAGCAGCAUGAAAUCCUGGCCUCCACAAAAACUGCCUGAGGCACCUGUGCCAACAGUACCUUCCCAGGACGUGCUCCAGGACAGAAAGAACAAAGUGUGGAAAGACCUGGAUGAGGACACACCACUGUUCUCUGACUAAAGAAACAAAAUCUGCUGUGCAAAUGGAGUAAAGUACUAAAGAUUUCUCACACAACUUU